AUGGUUGGAACAUCAUCAGAACUAGAGACUAAAAAACCAAAUAUUCAUCAAUCAUCAACGGAAAUACCAAAAUCAACCUCCACAUUCACCAGUGUUUUCCACACUUCAAAAACAGUUCUAAAGAAAUAUGGAUCCUUCAUUGGACCAGGCAUGCUUAUAAGUGUCGCCUACAUGGAUCCUGGUAAUUAUGCCACUGGGAUAACAGCAGGAGCAUCAAAUGAAUAUUCCCUUUUAUUUAUUGUCUUUUUAUCAAAUUUAAUUGCAAUUUUUUUACAAAGUUUAUGUAUUAAAUUAGGAUCAGUUACAGGAUAUGAUUUAGCCAGAUGUUGUCGAGAAUACUUACCAAGGAAAUUAAAUUGGGUUCUUUGGUUUUUGGCCGAAUGUGCGAUUAUUGCUACUGAUGUUGCUGAAGUUAUUGGAUCGGCUAUUGCUUUGAAUAUAUUGUUGAAGAUUCCAUUGGCGGCUGGGGUUGUGAUAACGAUUGUGGAUGUAUUGUUUGUGUUGAUGGCAUAUAGGGCUGAUACUUCUCUGAUUAAGUUUGUUAAAUAUUUCGAAUGGGCCGUGGGGGUGUUGGUAUUUGGAGUGGUUGUUUGUUUUGCCGUGGAGUUAUCACAGAUAAGUGCGAAUGCAAGAGAUGUAUUUAGGGGGUUUGUACCUUCUUAUCAAAUGUUUAGUGGGAAUGGGAUGACUAUAGCUACGUCGAUUAUUGGGUCUACUGUUAUGAUUCAUUCUUUAUUCUUGGGGUCAGGUUUGGUUCAGCCAAGAUUAAGGGAUUUUGAUGUUAAGAAUGGAUAUGUUAAAUUGGAGAAUAUAAUUGAUACUUCUAGUAGUAACAGUAGUGAUGACGACUUAGAUGAGAAACCUAAGAAGAAGAGUGCCCAUGAUCAAGAAGCGGACUAUUUUUAUCAUCAAUAUAAACCAUCAUAUCAAGCAAUUAAAUAUUCAUUAAAAUUUUCCAUUGCUGAAUUGGUAGUUACUUUAUUAACCUUGGCAUUAUUUGUUAAUGCUGCUAUUUUAAUUGUGGCAGGAUCUACAUUAUAUGGAACUGAAGAAGCAAUUGAUGCAGAUUUAUAUACUAUUCAUAGUUUAUUACUGACAAAUUUAGCACCAGCAGUUGGAACUAUUUUUAUGGUUGCCCUUUUAUUUAGUGGACAGAGUGCAGGUAUUGUAUGUACAAUUGCUGGACAAAUUGUGAGCGAAGGACAUAUUAAUUGGACAUUAAAACCUUGGUUAAGAAGAUUAGUAACUAGGGGUAUUUCAAUUAUUCCAUGUUUGGUUAUAUCUUUAUGUAUUGGUAGAAAUGGGUUAAGUAUUGCUUUGAAUAUUUCACAAGUUGUUAUAUCUAUUUUAUUACCUCCAUUAACUGCUCCAUUGAUUUAUUUUACUUGUUCAAAGAAGAUUAUGAAGAUUGCUUUACCAAAUGAUGAUGAGACUGUUCAUCAUGCUGAUGAUGGCAGUGACACCGGUAGUGAUAGUGAUGAUGAUGAACAUAAGUAUACAUAUAUGGCAAAUAAUUGGGUAACCACGGUGAUUGCUGUUGGUAUUUGGUUAUUUGUUUCUGUAUUAAAUGUUUAUGCCAUUUAUCAAAUGGCAAAGAAUGGAGUUUAG